CGUACCUGGGUACAUUCUCUCUUGGAGAAAACGUACCCUAGGAAAUGGGUACGUUUUCUCCUGGGUACGUUUUCUCUUGGGUACGUUUUCUCCUGACACCUAAUGUUAGACCGUCAUAACUUUCAGUUUGCAAAAUGAGAUAUUGUCAUAGACCAAAAUAAACACUGAAGACAGUGAAGCAAAGGAAGGAGGAGGUGUAACGUGUUACUCGUUUCACUAUGAAAGUUUAUUUGUUAUGCUACAUGUAGGUUUGCAAGAUAGAAGUCACAACCCGUUAGAUAUGAGAAAUUAAAACGAUUGAUAAAUAUUUAUAGUAGUAGUUGACAGCUAUAGGAUAUUCAGUCAGCUCUGAUCAGACGACUGCAGUAUGUUGUGUGCCACAGUGCAAGGUAGAUGGACAAAAUGACCUACGAAUAGAGACUUUUUGCCAGGCUAAUCAAGCUGAAAUAUUCACAUGUUAAGCCUCGGCCAAACUUAACAGCUGAACCAGCAUGCAUAAACCUUAAAUAUCUUGCACAAUUUUUGGAUGCUUAUUAGUUAUUACACACAGGGAAAUGGAAGACAACAUUUUCCACAACUUUGUCUUUGUGUUGGAGUUUGAUAUUUUAACAAGAUUUAAAGAAAAACAGUGUUGGAGAAGAAAGAUAACAGAGCAUGGAGGGACAAUAUCCUAUGUUUUUACUCCGAAGGUAAACUUUGUGGUGCUAUUUGGUGAUAUGUUGGAGAAAUCAUCGUAUAAGCAAAGACAAGCUGUGAGACAUAAUGUUCCUGUUCUGCGCUGUGAAUUCAUCACUGAUUGUAUUGAACAGAAACAGAUUUUGCCAACAGCCACAUAUGCUGUUGGAGAACCAAUAUCUGGAAAGAAUUUCAAAAAAGGACGAAUAACUAAACAAGAAAAGACAAAAAGGUACCUCAGUGCUAGAAGACAUGUGAAGAGUGUUAAUUUGAAUGCUAUAAAGUCCUGGUCUCUGGAUGAUCCUGAAGCCCCAUCACACAAUGAUGAUCAGUAUGAGGUAGCCAAGUGGGUUUUGUUAAAGUCAACAAAAGUGAUUCAGGUUAUUGAGGUUCAUGCGCUGACGUCAUGUGACAAGUUCCGGCUAUAUCAUCAGGAGGGACACUUGGAUGGGGAGCACAUAUUGGCUUCUGAAGGCCCUGUGGUCUGGUAUUUGGAUACUGCUGAUGAAGUUCUGGUUUGUUUUGAACAACUUUACAAGAAGUACACAUCAGGCAUGAUGAAUAUGGAACCUUGGUACACACCUAGAUUUGUCUCCAAUCAAAUAGGGUCACACAAACUCAAAAUGACAUUGGAUGACCUUUGUUUGAUGAACAGUUUCCUUGAUCCAGAUGUCGGACAGUUUGUGGAGAUGAUUUGGAAGGAAGCCACCCAAGAGGCUGAGAAAAUGCUUACUAUGUCUAUGGAACAUAUCAGAUCUGAUAAGGUAGAUGAUGCCAUGGUCAUUUUGCAACAGAUUAAGCAGAUGAAGAAAGAGAAUCAAGGAGACAACCGCUUGGCUGGAUUAGUGGAAGAGUUCUAUAAUGAGGCUCUCCCCCACAAACAACAGUACAUAUCACAAGAUCUAGAUCCACAAACCAUCUCCCAGAAACUAGAUUUGUGUCAGUUGAUCUAUGAUGUUUUGGCUGUAAGUGAAGCCACAGAUUUUUCUCCUGCUGCCAGCACUGUUGCUAAGUACAGGGCCCUAAGAUGUCACAUGACAAAAUUGGACCUGUCUGCCAGCAAAUAUCAAGUCAUACAAAAUAUUCUCAAGGACAGUGAACAAAGCAUUGCAGUUUACAGUGUUUUUGAAGCUGGGAGAACCAUGGAGGACAUUUUGUUUGAGAGUACUGCUGAAUGUAUUGGAAACACACAAUUAUUGAUGCAUGCUUCAGGACCCCAUAAUCUCUUGGGAAUUCUAUCAAGGGGACUACUUCUUCCUCAAAAUGUAGUGGAGGAACACGGAGUGAACAGGACAGAUGGGGGGAAACUGGGAUAUGGAAUCUACUUCUCCAAUUCAUUCAACACAUGCCUUCAGUAUGCUGUACCAAGUGUUGUGACGGGAAUGAGAAUGCUGGUAGUCUGUGAAGUGGCGCUAGGAAAUUGUAUGGACUUCACCACCCUCCAGUCAGGUAUAACAGCACCACCUGGUGGCUACCACAGUUGCCACGGAGUGAAGACCACAGAGAACGAUCCAACAGAGUUUUUGGAUGAUGAGUUUGUGAUAUACAGCACAUCACAGCAGAGAGUGAAGUAUGUAGUUCUGUUCACACUCCCCAGUGAUCCACCCCUUCGACUGAUCCAAACCACCCCCGAGGAGGAGGAGGAAAACAUGGAGGUCACUGCAAGCUCUGUUGAUAUAAUGGAAUUAAGGGACCUGCCUGACCCCUUCUCCAAAGUGACCAGCGGUUUGAUCAGCCAGAAUAAGUCUGUUCGAGUCCCACUGAAAGCAGUCCAUAUCCGGGCCAAGGUCAUUGAUAUGGUGGCAAAGGUUGUUGUCUUGCAAUCUUACAAAAACAACAUGACAGAGCCAAUCGAGGCGAAGUAUGUCUUCCCUCUGGACGAGAAAGCUGCUGUGUGUGGAUUCGAAGCAUUCAUAAAUGGGAAACACAUUAUAGGAGAAAUCAAGGAAAAGAAGACAGCACACCGCGAGUACAGAGAGGCCAUCAGUAAAGGUCACGGUGCAUACUUAAUGGACGAGGAGGAACCAGAUGUAUUCACUGUGAGUGUCGGAAAUCUACCGCCCGAUUCGGAGGUUCUGAUAAAGGUGACCUACAUCAGUGAGCUUGGGGUGGAGGGAGACGGCAUAGCCUUGACCAUCCCUGCCUCAGUGGCCCCGUGGGUCAGAGACACGGCCCUAGCUCAGCAGACCCAGGCAGAGACAUCAGUCCUUCAGAUCAGUGACUUAAUGGAUUGUCAGAUCUCUCUGCAAGCUGCCAUAGAAAUGCCUUUUGAAAUAAGGGAAUUGAAUUCUGGAACUCAUCGACUCAAGUACAAGAAAACUGAUACCAAGGCUGUGGUGGAGAUACCAAAGAAGUCCAACUUUGCCGAAGGAUUCCAGCUGCUGAUUAAGUUGGCAGAAAUUCAUGUUCCGCGCAUGUGGGUGGAAUGUCAUCCAGAAAGAGAUGUGCAGGCCUGUAUGUUAGCUUUUUACCCUGAAUUUGAGGCAGCAAUCGAUCCUAGCCCAGAGGUUGUAUUCCUUAUGGAUUUAUCCAACUCUAUGAAAGGGGACGCAUUUAGAGAUUCCAGAAAGGUCUUGCUGCUGGCACUAGAAAAUCUUCCUGAGAAAGCUUGCUUUAACAUCAUGACAUUUGGAUCAUCCUUUAGGGAGCUCUUCCAGUUUCCUCAUAGAAUUACAAAGAAUUCAACUAAUGAGGCCAUGAAAUAUAUCGAGAGAGCCAAUCCUGUGAUGGGCUGCAGUGAUGUGUUAUCUCCCCUGAAAUCUCUGUACUUACUAAGUCCAGCAGAGGGCAGUAGAAGCAUCUUCCUGAUCUCUGAUGGAUUCGUAGGAAAUGAGGGGCUUUUUGAAACUGUUGCCAAACAUUCCUCCAAAAAUAGGCUGUUCUGCAUGGGUGUUGGAAGUAAUAGGGACAGUCAUACAUUACGGAGUUUAGCUAAUUAUGGAGGUGGGACAUAUGAAUACUUCAACAGCAAAACCAAAUCUAACUGGCAGUCAAAGAUUGCAUUACAAAUGGACCAAGCUACACGGCCUGGGAUCUCCCAGGUGCAGGUGGAGUGGGGCCCGCUCACUGAUAAACUAGAUCCACCCCUUCAGGCUCCCUGUAGGAUCCCCAGCCUGUUCAGUGCAAAUAGGCUUGUGGUGUAUGGAUUUGUCAAGAAUAGCACACAGGCAAUUUUAAAGGCAAAGGUUGAUGAACAGGAAUUUGAAACAAUUGUUUCUACAACAGAGCUGAACUUCACAGAGGGAAAGAUGCUGCAUCAGUUGGCGGCCAGGGCUGUUAUAAGGGAUUAUGAGGACGGGGUUCUGAGUGACAGCAAACUUCACCACAAGUUAAUUAAACAAGAAAGAAAGCAGCAUAUCAUUGAGCUCAGCAAAGAGUUUGGAAUUGUGACUCCAUACACCAGUUUUGUAGCCAUAGAAGAGAGGACAGAGGGGGAAACAACUGAGGGCCCAAGUAUUGAAGAGCUAGUAAACAAUGAAUCUGUGGAUAAUCUUACCUACAUGGGAUGGAUCAAUGCGGAUAAUAUGGAUGAAAAGGAUCCAUUGGAGUGUGUAGAGGAACUACUACAUAGGGCAAGCAUUGCUGAGAGCUUCUCGCAGCUGGAGGUGGAGAGGUGCUACCUGUCUGUGCUGGAUUACAGAAAGGAUCUGAUGCAGGAAGACAACAGGGACAUGCUACAAAAGGUCUUGGAGAGGUCAGACAAGUUUUUCAGCAGUCAGCACUCAGAAAAAGCUCGAACACUUCAGCAACAGUUCCAUAAAUAUUUAUCCAUUCCUAAACAGCUUGAGGUGCGAACUCUGACUGGGAGGUCCAUUCCUGUUGUGGCCGGCACAAUGGCUCAAUUAAAGUUAGAAAUCAUGGAGAAAGAGGGUCUGCCUGAGAGCAGCAUACGAUUAAUUCAUCAUGGAAAACAACUAGAGGACACAGACAAUUUAGAUAUGAGAGAACAUUCCAUUAUUUUUAUGGUUCAACGUUUGAGAGGAGGUGCACCUCCUCCUACUAUGCAUCACCAGGCAAGCUCUAGUCCAAGUGAUACCCCGAUCUACAGUGUAACGCUGCCUGUAGAAGAUCUGACAUCUGGUGAACUUCAAUCAUGUUUUAAAAAAAAAAAGAAAAAGAAGAAAUGUUUAAGUGAAAAAGAGGCAGAAGAGCUGGGAUUUCUGGAGAAAAUGGAUAAAGUUCAUACAAAUCAAAAGGAAUACAAGAAAAGUUUGGUGGAUCAGCAAGAAGGACCAAAUGUAAUAGCUGAACAGUUGAAUGAUGUUGGCAACAUCGCAGGUGUGUCAAUAACAGCAGUACUCAAUGAAUCAAACUUAGAUAAUGUAGAGUUUGACAUCGAUGUGACACAAAUGGAAAAUGAGCCAGAUGAAGUUGUAGAAACUUCCUCUCUUAAGGAAUUAAAUCAGAUUUCAAAACCAACAAUUCAAAGUUCCAGUGCUUCUAAGAAAUGGGGGUUUUCCUUAGAAGCUGCUUUAAGUCCUACCCUUCAGACAUACAGUUCCACCUCACCAGUCUUCAGUCCUGCUUCACCAGCAUAUGGUUCUACCUCUGCAGGAUUUUGCCCCACCUCACCAGCAUACAAUCCCACCUCACCAGCAUACAGUCCCACCUCACCAGCAUACAAUCUCACCUCACCAGCAUACAGUCCCACCUCACCAGCAUACAAUCCCACCUCACUAGCAUUUAGACCUACCUCACCAAUCUUAAAAGUGUCAAAAGCAUUCAAUCCCACUUCACCAGCUUAUCUUUCUCCAUCUAUCACUCUCCGUCCCACUUUUCCAGCAAUCUGUCUUAACUCCAUAUCACAAACAUACUUCUCCACUACAGCAGCAGUCUCUCAAACCGUGCCACCACAAAGUUUCACUGGCAACAUAGAUCAGAAAGCAGACCAAGAAUAUUCAGAUGAUGAUAUUCAUGUUGAAUCUGACAGUGAAGAUGAUGAUUUUGAGGUGAAUGAUGACAGGGGAAGUAGUUUAGAGAGAAGACCUAGACCAAUAGACAAAUGCUUUGAUGAAAAUGAAGAUAUUGAGGAGAAUGAGAGUAGUGCUAAUAUAAUUAAGAGAUAUGGAGAACAAGAAAAAUCUAAUUAUUCAGAAGGCAGGGGUUCAGAAAAAAGAAAUAGAUAUUUGCAAAGUGAAGAUCAAAGUUUUAAAAGUAGUAACAGUCCAGUUUUAAAGAGAAGAGGAAGGAGUAGAAACAGGAUAUAUAACAGUAGACAAGAAGAAAGAGGAGUCAGAAGUUGUGAUAGGAGCUGGAAUAGAAGAGACAGAAAUAGUGAUAGAAGCGGAGAUAGUAGCACCAAAAAUAUGGAUAGAAGCUGGGAUAGUAUAACCAGAAGCAGAGAUAGUAGCACCGAAAGUAGGAAUAGGAGCUUGGAUAGAAGAUCCAGAAGUAGGGAUAGAAUCAGGGUUUCUAGAUCCAGAAUAAGGGAUAGAAACUGGGAUAGUAUAACAAGAAGCAGGGAAAGUAGCACCAAAAGUAGGAAUAGAAGAGACAGAAGUCAUAAUGGGACCUUUGAUAGAAGAUCAAGAAGUGGGGAUAGAAGCUGGGAUAGUAUAACCGGAAGCCGGGAUAGUAGCACCAAAAGAAGGGAUAACAGCUCCAGAAGUAGGGAUAGAAGCUGUGAUAGUAUAACCAGAAGCAGGGAUAGUAGCACCAACAGUAGGGAUAGAAGCUUGGAUAGUAAAACCAAAAGCAAGGAUAUUAGCACCAAAAGAAGGGAUAGAAACUUUGGUAGAAGGGACAGAAGUAGGGUUAGAAACUUUGAUAGUAUAACCAGAAGCAGGGAUAGUAGCUUGGGUAGAAGGGACAGAAGUAGAGAUAUGAACUUGGAUAGUAGAACCAGCAGUAGGGAUAAAAGAUCCAGUAGAGAUAGCAGCAGUGAUUGCAGCACCAAAAGUAGGGAUAGAAGCUUGGAUAGAAGAGACAGAAAAUGUGAUAGAAGCUCGGAUAGUAGAACCAGAAGUAGGGAUAGAAGCAGGGAUAGUAGAACCAGAAGUAGGGAUAGAAGCAGAUAUACAAGAACCAAAAGUAGAGACUGGAGCUGGUAUAGAAGAGACAGAAGUUAUGAUAGGAGCUGGGAUAGAAGAGACCGAAGUAGGGAUAGGAGCUUGGAGAGUAGAGACAGAAGUUAUGAUGGGAGCUGUACUAGGAAAUCAAGAAGUACGGAUAGAAGCUGGGAGAGAAGAGACAGAAGCUGGGAUAGGGAAAAUAGAAGAAGAGAAAGAAGAGACAGAAGUAGAGAUAGAUGCAUGGAUAGCAGUAGAGAUAGAAGCUGGGAUAGAAGAGACAGAAGAUGUGAUAGAAGCUGGGAUGGAAGAAGCAGAAGUAGGGAUAGAAGCAGGGAUAUUAGAACCAGAAGUAGGGAUAGAAGCAGAGAUACUAGAACCAAAAGUAGAGAUUGGAGCUGGUAUAGAAGAGACAGAAGUUAUGAUAGGAGCUGGGAUAGAAGAGACCAAAGUAGGGAUAGGAGCUGGGAGAGUAGAGACGGAAGUAGGAACAGAAGCUGGGAUAGAGAAAACAGAAGAGAUAGAAGAGACAGAAGAAGGGAUCAAAGCUGGGGUAGAAGAGACAGAAGCAGGAACAAAAGCUGGGAUAGUAGAGUCAGACGCCGCAAUAAAAGCUGGGAUGAAAGAGAAAAUAGAAGAGAUAGAAACAUUUACAGAAAAUCCAAAAGAAGAGAUUGGAAUUGGGAAAGUAGUAAAAUAGGUAGUGAUAGAAGCUGGGAUAGAGACAGAAGCAUUAAAGAUAGGAGUAAAAAAUUGUAUGGAAAGAAAACAAGAGGCAGGAAAAGAAAAACAAGUAAGAAAAGUGAUGAUAGUAAGAUGCCACAGAGAACCAAAGAACCGUAUAAUCUGAAGGGAACUCAGUUUGAACUAGAGCUAUCAGAAGAAGAACUUUUGAAUUCCUUGUGCCUUUAUGAAAGUCAGUUUGAGGCACCUGUUGGAAAUGGAGAUAUUGAAGUCCACUGCUGGACAGGGAAUUUGCACUAUCAAAAGAUUAGUACCAGGGAAAACAUAAAUUAUGAAAUUGACGUUUAUGUUAAUCCACAGAGAAAAGAGAGGGUACAAAAUGUAUUGUUGCCAAAAACAUUAUACAUGACCUUUGUGCCAAGUUAUCUGCUGAGAAUGUUGAGCCUGCAGCAAUUUCUGGAGAAUGCAGUGCAAGCAACUAUGAAAGUGCAAGAUGCUCCAGAAGAAUUCUUACCAAUAGGAGAAUUCUUACCGAUAGGACUGAUUGGAUGCAUUCAAAUCGAGGAACCUAAGGGACAUUUUGAACUUGUUUUAGCAAUUCCACAUUCUAUGAGUGAGACAGUAUUGUUCCUUAUCCCAGAAUAUGGAAAGGCUGUGGCUGAACAGCUUGAAGAGUUUGUGAAGGAACAUAAAAUGCAGGUUAAAGAAUACAGGAACAAACUGAAUGAGACACUUUCUACAGAUGCACCUUACAUCGACAUGUGGAAGAGUGUGUGGGACAAAGAUGGCACAAUGAACUUUAAAUAUCUGCCACCUUUGAACGAGGAUGGACUGUGGAGACUUGAUAAGGAUCUCGCUGAGGGAUUAGCAAUCAGUGCCGAAAAACUGGAACAGUUACUGAAGAAUCAAGGCUUUCUGUCACUAUCAAAAUCCAUUCAGAGUGAGCUGUUACCUGUGAUGGCCACUUUUCUUGUUGGUAUAAUCAAGUUUAUGCAUGAAUUCAAAGAAAGAAAACUUCCAAAGUGGCUGUGUUGCUGCGAACAUCUUCUUGACAUAUCCCCAAACAUUUCUUCGGUGGUAGUCAGUUUUAAAUGUAUGAAAGAAGUUGUCAGCAUUGGGUUUGAUUUUCCACUGGAGGCAUCCAUUCAGUUGGGAAAUCGUAAACCAAUAUCGACUCCUUACAUCAGAGAUUUGGAUCUUGGGAAAAACCUGACACACCUUGUGGAUUGCCUGUUACAGUCACUGUUCUAAUUUUAUGAUACUAUUGAAAAAGGACUAAGUUAAGAAUGUAGAGCAAUAUAAUGGAACACACGGCUCAGUGGCCACUAAGUAAAAGGUCGCUGGUUCAAAUCUCACCGUGGACAUAUGAUGUGUUUGUGUGAUUUUGAACAGAGUACUUCUGUAUCUGCAUUUCCUCAACCCAGCCAGCUAAAUCAACUGAAAGUUACCCUGCCAUUGGCUAGUGUCCCAUCUAAGAGGAGUUGAUCAUUCUCUUCUUCUAGACUAGAUGACAACAGAGCAAGGGCUCAAAACCUAACAACCUUCUGGCUUGGAAUGAAUUUUAUCAACUAUCCAGUGCAAUUUUUAAAUUUGAUCUCUAUGUCAAACUGCAAAAGUUUAAUUUGUUUCUUACAAAGCCAAUGAAGUGAUAGCAAAUGUAGUUUAUAUUUGAGCUGUGAUAGAUUUGUAUAACAGUGUCAUAUAUUUUUAUAUUUCAUAUACAUUGUAUCUUUAUUUGUCUGUGAUAUUGUCUGCAACAUUCUUUAUCCCAUUCAAAAAUGAAAUUUAUGGUCUACAGGUUAACUACAUAAAUUUAAUUCUUAUCAUUGCAAAGUUAAAUGAUAGUAGAUUUUAGUGGAGUUGUUUGGCUGCAAUACAUUAAGACGUUGAUUUUUUAAAACCAUAGUUGGAAAUCCAUGGUCAAUUUAAUGCAGAUUGUUUUGCAACACUUUGUAUUUAUCAUCUUUUGGGGGGGAUCAAUAAUUCAUUCAUGUUUACUUUUGUUUUGCAACUUCUAUUUUUAUUUUAAUCUUGUCAACGACUUCCACAUUUGUGUUUUAGUUUAUCUCUAAAUUUUUUAAAUUCUUCAGUCUAGGCAACUUAUCAAUUCUUAAUAUUUUCUUUAAUCUUGGAUAAUACUUUUUCAUCAGUAUUUUUUUUUACAUGUGUAAUGCUGAUCUGUUUCUGAACAUUCUUCUUAGACUAAUACAUAGUAAAUAAUUGGUUUUCCGUGCAAUAUUUUGUUUGAACAUUCUUGUAAUAGAAAAUGAUUGGUUUGCAAUAUUGUAAUAAGCUUGUACUAAAUUUAUUGUUUUACAAAUUAGAAAUAAACUUUAAAAUUCAA